AUGCCUAAGAUUGCUGCCAACUUCUGUCUUAAGCAUGGUAGUGGUGGGAAUAAAUGCACAGUCUUAAACUAUGUCGCCCUCAAUAUGAAGAAACAGAGUCUACAUGCCAGGUCUUGGUUGUACAAAGUCGGGUCAAGCAAAAUGUUCGAGCCUGAUGUGUGCAUUCUGCCUUCAAGUAGAACACUGGAGCCUGCGUUCCUGCCAGGCGCAACAUAUAUCACCACAGGCGUCCUCGAUCGGUUCGGGUUUGAUUUAGACGUCAUAGGCCGACACCGGGAGAUCUCCAGUAUAGAGGAAACGGCAAGGGUGAUCUAUGGGAAGGCCGGAAUAAAUGUCAAUAUUGCUGUCUGGAACAUGCACAUUCCAGAAAGCCACCAGUUUGAAGAUAUCCUUGAAUCUGGUCUACAGCCAAUGGGCCGCGGAGGAGGAUUUAGAAUUGUUGUAUUCCGCGGGCGUGGAUAUAUCAAGAACGAAGGCGCUCAAGGGUUGGACAAUUGGCGGUGUUCGGGCAAUCUAGUACUGCGUGAUAAUGUCAUUACUUUCAAAGGGGUAGAUGAGCAUUCGUAUUGGAUGUUGCCACAGGUGCAGUUUCCGCUUUUCAUCUCUGUCUGUUAUUAUCUACUCUUCGUAUACUGGUACUUAGCUGCGCAUCGACUGGUAUGA